UACGUAUACUCGCUUUGGACGCGGUGUCCUUGGUGUUUUGUGCAAGAGAACUCGCCUCUAAGUUGAUGUUUCGAGUUUUCGUUCUUAUUUUGUAAAGAGUAUUGUAUUCACAUGUACAAAAGAAAAUUUACUUGUAUAAAGUUAUAUAUAACAACAGAAAUUGAGAGACUUUUUUUUUCUUCACGAGGUUGACAAUUGUAUCUGAAUACAUUCCUUUGAAAUCGGAGGAGUAUCAUAAUAUAAGACGUACACACAUAUAUUUAUAUUCAAAGAGUGAAUUUCUUGUAUUGAGUUUAAAGACUAUAUCUAUUCACAUUUAUAUCAUAUCAAAUAAUAAAUGGUAUUGCUCUGUCGUCGUGCAGUCUCGACAAGUUUUAGUAUUUCCGCAAUACGAGAAAUAAUAUUAAAGUAUAAAAAUUAUUUUAUCAAUGAGCUCUGAAAAUGAUACGGAUACGGAUAAGAUAUUGGCAUCCCUUUAAACACAUGGAGCCGAGGAGGCUUGCACCUGUUUUACUGCUGCAUGUUCACAGUCCAGGUGGUAAACAGUAAAAAAGGCCUGAAAAAAGAAAAAAAAAGUAACAUAAAAAGAGGGAAAGAGACCCCGCUGGUUCAUGUGCGUUUCCGUUCAGCUCUUUUACACUUACUUACUCCAAUAAUAUAUGUACUUAAAUAUACUAAUUUAAAGCGUUGGCUAUAUGCUAUAUCACACAAACAAAUGAUAUAGCUUAGAUAAAUUCGUAAAGGACUGAUGAGUAAAAAAAAGGCAACGCCCACUACACCAUAUGAGUUGAUUUAUUUAAACGAACUGGACAGAGCAUAGAACGGUCACAUUAUUUACCGGAUGUCGUGUUACACUGACUGAAAACGCCACCACUCUAUGCUGAUGAUAUAUCAAUUAAUGUUUCGUCGAAUAGCCUUGAAAAAAAAGUAAAUAAUACACGAUAUUGUCACUACAUGUGUAUGUUUAAUUUCGUUACUAUAACGCUAAUCAGUUAUUACUGUAUUUAUAUAUGUUAUAUUAUAAAUUCUACAAAUUAUCUAUCACUAUGACAUUUUCAAAUUCUGACAUGACAUUUGAUGCUUCGUUUGAUUAAAGAAGAAAAUUAUAUAGAUAAAGAAAAGUGAUAAAAUUAUAGGUGUUUAUUUGAAUUUUAUUUUUGUAAAUAAAUGAUAAAAUUUUUCUCUUUGAAUCUUCUUUUUUUUCUUGAUCGUCUUCCGCGCUACACGUGCACGAAAGAACAUGGUACUUAAACUUCUGAAAAGACUUACCGGAAGCACAAGCAGGUAGUAGACUACUACUACGUCCGGUAUUUGGUUUCGGAUGACAACCAACAAAAGGAGCUUCCGUUUUCUGUUUUCCCUGUUUAUAAAAUAUUGAAAAUUAUGAAUAUUACAUUGCCUAAAAUAAUAAUUGAUAAAGUGAUUAUUCGAGUGUUUUAUUUUAUGUUGCUAAAUAUUGUGCAAUCAUAAAUUGGAAAUACGUAAAAACAAUAUGAAUCCCGCGGUGACUAAUGAAGCGACAUCACCGGGGGGUCGACGACUCUCACGUAGUUUUCACUCUUGUCUUCGAGGUGCUGAUACAGACGAACCAGAAUCAGAUACAUCGUACGAAAAGGCGUGCAGAAGGGGAAGUGCUCCAGCUACACCAGUUUUGGGUGCACGACCUUUAGAUGCAACUCCCAACAGAAUCGUCAACUUUUUUUCAAAGCGAUCUUUCCGUUCAAAUCCCUUGAAGAGAACGAAAAGUGUGACGAAACUUGAGCGGCAAAAGCAGCGGGGAGCUGGUCUAAGAGGUUGUCGUUCACACGAGUCACUUUUGUGCGGACAAGCUGUAACAUCAAUGGAUCUUGCAGCAGUUACACCAUUACAUCCAAGUCUACUAGGUAGACCACAUUGUUUUCAAGUGACACCAAGUAAUGGUCCACCAAAAUAUUUUAGCUGUCGAACGGCCCACGAAAGAGAUCAAUGGUUACACAGUCUGAGGAAGUCAGUUCAACCAGAUGCUGAGCAAACUCGUCGAACAGACAAUUCUCUGCAGAUAUGGUUACUCGAAGCCAAAGGUGUACCAACUAAGAAGCGUUAUUUCUGUGAAGUAUGUUUGGACAAUACAUUGUACGCUCGCACAACAGCUAAAUUAAAAACAGAAUUAUGUUUUUGGGGCGAGCAUUUCGACUUUCAUCAUUUACCUUCAGUCAACACAAUACAAGUUAAUUUGUAUAGAGAAGCUGAUAGGAAAAAAAAAAGAGACAAGAAUGUACUGAUAGGUUCCGUUAGUAUACCCGUACAAAAUGUUACCUCACGUUAUCUAACUGAAAAGUGGUAUCCAGUACAAAGUGACAAAGGAGUAUUAAAAGAACCACCAGCGUUACGUGUUAAAUGCCGUUUUCAAUCAGUUGACAUUCUACCUGUUCAUGUUUAUCAAGAGUUUCUUGAAUAUUUAAAAACAGAUUAUGCAUCACUUUGCGAGAGAUUGGAACCUGUUAUUGGAGUUAAAGCUAAAGAAGACAUUGCAACUGCGUUGGUAGCAGUAAUGCAACGUGAAAAAAAGGCACCACAAUUUCUAGCUGACUUAGUUAUGAUGGAUAUUCAUCGGAUUGACGAUGAACGACUAACCUUCCGCGGUAAUUCGCUAGCAACCAAAGCGAUGGAGGCGUAUCUUAAACUAACAGGUGAUCGUUAUCUUCAAGAAACACUGGGAGCUGUUGUCCGGGGUGCUGUUGAUGGAGGGGACUGUGAAGUCGAUCCGUUAAAAGUUUCAUCAUUAGCUGCGUUGCACAAACAACAGCAAAAUUUACGUGCAGCAGUCGAAUUAGCAUGGAGUAGAAUAUUGUCCAGCCAUGCACACUUUCCUCUUGAACUACGAGAAUGUUUUAGAAUAUUCCGCGAGCGCUUAGCGGAACUGGGGCGUGAAGAUAUUGCUGACAAUCUUAUAUCAGCAUCUAUUUUCCUAAGAUUUUUGUGUCCGGCUAUACUGAGUCCUUCACUAUUUAAUAUAACACACGAGUAUCCCAAUGAAAAAGCAGCCAGAAAUCUUACUCUGGUGGCUAAAAGUCUACAAACUCUCGCAAAUUUCACGAGAUUUCAGGGCAAAGAAAAUUUCAUGGAAUUUAUGAACGAUGUACUGGAACGUGAAGCGCCGGCAAUGAAAAAUUUCUUGUUAUUAAUCAGCAGUCCAGUAUCUAAAGAUGCGCCAUCCAAUGAUUCCCUCGAAUUUGAUGGAUACAUUGACUUAGGCAAGCAAUUGUCAUUAUUGCACGCACUUUUACGCGAAAGUAUUGCUGGAACAAACUCUUCAUCACCAUCAUCACCACCUUCCAAGCUUCCUGACAUUCUUGAUAGGAUUUCUCAGGCCUUGGAUCAACCUGGACCUAGUCCUGUAUCAACUGCUCAUCGGUAUCCAAGUCUUCAGAACAAUAUUUUCCGGUACAAUGAUCCAACAUUAGCCAACAGCAAUUCAAAUCUUUCUGUGUCGGCAUCGUCAACACUGAGUAAUCACAGUACAUUGAAUGGUACACUGAGAGACAGUAAUGAAUUAUUACAAAGCAAUACUUUGGGACACAGUGGAAAUUUAACACGAUCACCGAAUGUAAUAAGAGCAGCAACACUGCCGCGAAAUGCCUACCUUCCAACAAAUGGUGGUAAAUUACAAUUACAAAUAACAUCUGAUGAUUAUCAUCCAUUAGAGCCACCGGCUUUUGUAUCGCGAUCACCAACUCCAGUUGCACGUCAGCAAAGACCUACUCUAUUAAACCGUACUGGUUAUCGAUUAACAACAAGUGCUAGUCUUGCUAAUGUAAAUCACUGCCAAAAUAAUCCAACGAGCCCAAUACGAUCAGAGAGCCACAGUAAUCUCAAAGAUACUAAUUAUAACAUUAAUGUCAAUCAAAAUAAUCAGAUAAUAACCAGCACAGGGAUUAAUCAGCAUCGACAUCAUAAUCUACAAAGCAAAUUGAUUGGACAUGAUCAACACGAUGAUAACUACAAUCAUAAUUACAAUAUAUCUAGAUCAAACAGUAGAAAUCAUUUCCACAAAGAAGAUAAUGCGAAUCAACCACAACAAAAUUAUAAUAAUAACAUAACUAAAACAACAGUUAAUGCUAAUCCAAUAAAUAUUAAUCCUACGUCGAAUCUAACGUUGUCGAUAAAUAAUCAACCAAAUAAUAAUUAUAAUAACGUUAAAACAAUUAUCGGUACAAAUGGUAAUCUUGAUGAAAUUUCUGAUUUAUUGAGGUAUGCUGAUGAUGAAGUGUCGGAAUCUAAAUCACAAAAAGGCUCACAGAUAUCAAUAUCACAAUUGAGUAAUGUUGCAUCAUCUGGAUAUCAAAGUUUUGCUGCUUAUAGCCAAAGCUCCAGUCCUGUUGAACUUAGUAAUAAUGCUAAUUCACAUAUCAUUAGUGCUACGCCUCUUGCUUUUGCGAAUCCAGUCUACCACAUGGAAAGUACCCACGGAAGAAAUGGUAGAAGAGGUAGUAGCAGCUCUGAAGAAAGAGAAGUUGGUAGUGGUGGAAGUGGUAAUGGCGGUAACGGAGUUGAAGGUGUUUGUGGUGUUGAUUUGAGUCCCUCACCACCUUCACAACAAUCUAACAACAUUAGAAAUAAUCAGCGAAAUGGCCAGCAUCAGUGGAGACAAGCCAAUUCAAAUUAUCGCAAUGCUGAACAAAACCAAAAUACAUGUUGUACAAAACUUAUGAGACGAUUGUCUCUAGAUUCAACGAGAGAUUUAUCGGACACCAGCGAAGAGGAAAAUUGCCCAAAUCGACGAAAUAAAUCUCGUAGCCAUCGAAAUAUCGAUCAAUACGAGAUGGAAAUUGAACGACUACAAAAUAGCGUUGAUAGAUUACGAGCACGAUUAGGAGCUGCUGAGGAUGCUGAAAUUGAUGGCAAAGCGCCUGAUACUAAAAUGAAGAAUAUUAUUAGCAGAUUGAUUUCUGUGGAGGAGGAGUUACGCCGCGAGCAGCAAAAAAUGUCUGCAGCACUUUCGUACAAGCAGCGCGUGAUCGACGCCCAAGAACAACAAAUAGCUGCUCUGGAUGCAGCAAACACACGGCUGAUGUCAUCAAAUUCAAGACUAUUAUCAGCAUUAAGCACUCUUAAACAACGCUAUAAUAUUAAUAAAACACAGCCAAAUAAUAAUAACGAAGCCGCAGCAUUAUUACAGAAUAUUGCUGAUAUUAACGAGCUUAAAAGUUCAUCUUGUUAAGAAUUUAUUUGUUUUUCUCAUCAAAGACAAAAAUUAAUUAAAGUAUUUUUGUUACUUUUUUUUUUUUUUUUUUUUUUUAUUAAUAUCGAAAUACCGAAGAUUAUUAAUAUAUUUAUAAUAUCAUUAUAAUUAUUGAUUUAUUGUAAAAUUAUUUAUCUGAAUCUGUCACUCUGCUUCUUAUGUAGGUUUGUUUAGAGGAGAAACAAUUUUUGUUGAAGUUAGUGGUGGCAUAUAGAGGCUAAUUAGAGUAAUAAAUAAUAUUUCGAUAUCGAUAGAUUUAUAAUUGGAUAAUUUUUACGAAAAGUUACAUUUUGUAUUAUAUUGCAUGGGACACUAUCGACAGAUUUUUCAUAUAAUACUAUAUAAUAGAUAUUUUACUCUAGUUGACGAAUUUUGUUUUGUAUUACAUUCAAUUUUUUUUAAAACAAUAAUUUACGACAAUUAUGAUUUUUUUAAAUCACUAAAUUUUCAUUGCAAAAAACAAAAGUAU